AUGGCCAAUCUCUGGCGACGGACCAAUCCCGCCCUCUUCCGCGACGGUUACCGCACCGCCUUCCUCCAAUUUGGCAUCGCGGUUCUCGUGCACCACAUCCGCCGCAUACUCGUCCCCUGGCUCGGCGCAUGGAUGUACAACGACCCGCUCGAAGGCCUCCGCCUCGCACGCGGUAAUCCGGAGGUCUUCCUCGAUGAGAUGCUCGACUUUUCGUGGCCCUGGCUCGCAUUCAUGUACAUUCAGAAGUGGGCCUUUGACCUCGCCGGCGCGUACCUUGCCGGCCUCCUCGUGCUCACCAACGGCCGCCUUCCAUGGCGCUUCCGCGCCCAGCCCCAGGCCAGCCCGCUCCUCCCCAAGCGCGCCAUGGCAACCGCCAAGGUGUGCUACCUCGCCUGGAUGCUCGCUUGUGCAGAGUACAUGUUCGCGCGCACGCUGAGCACCGUCUCCUUCGGCAUCGCGUACGCCAAGCUCGGCCUUCUCUCGCCCGCCAACAGCGCCAACCGCGCCGCGCUCGAUCUCGUGCUGCGCAAGCACUGGAGCAAAGCGCCCCUCAACGCGUGCCAGCUCGUCGCCUAUACCGCACGCGGGGUCAUCCCAAUGGUGGUGGGCGCGGUAGCGAAUGCGGCGAGAGGCCGGCCGGGGCUCCUGCUUGCUCUGAGCACGUUGGGAGGGGGCGUGUGGAUGGUGAUUCGCUAUCGUUCGCGCUUCUUCAUUGCGCUCGAGAUGAGCAGCAUGUUUGUCGUGAUUGGGUGUGCGGCCGUGCUAUUUGCGCUGCUGGGACGGGAGUUUGUUGCUGAUCCGCUGGGACUCGGUGUGAGCACGGCGAUGGCGAGGCGAAGCGGGAAUAUGUUAAGGGAGGCAGUCCAAGUAGAAAGGCUCAAGCGUGCACCAGCAGAGUCAGUACGCGUGCCGCCAUAG